GUCCUGAUCUGUCAAUUCCCCUUCUUCAUGAUCUAUGUAUGAGCUGUUCCACAUCAGUGAUGUUUUUCCACUAGUCACUUUGAUCAUAUCCUGAUCAACUGCUUGGAGCAUGUUCAUAUAACUCAGCAAUUUUUUCCAAAUCCCCUGCAUGCAUUCUCCUCUAACUUCCUCCCAGAAAUUGCGUAAUGUUAGUGUACUCUAUCUGUUGCAGCUAGUGCCUGAGCAAAUGUAGUUCGUCAGCAGUGUGCCUUGAAGAUGGUGAUUGCACCUUGAUCCAUAGGCUGUUGUAUUGGCAGAGAGAUACCGACACCAACUUCGUCGUAGACCAGCCCAUAGCCCGCCAUACGGCAGUGUUUUGAACAUAAAUCAUAAUAUUGAACAUCUGCAAGUGAACAUCUGAGAAUGAUAACGUCAGCAAAUUAUGUGCUGCAACAUUGUAUGCCACAUUGAAAACAUAUUGCUAACAAUUAGAUGUACCAAAACAAAACAGAACAGACUGUCGUAAGUGUGGUUUGUCCCUACAUGUUGCAAGUGGAGGACUACCUGUGUAUGUUUUAGAUAGCUUGCGAGUAAAUAUUCAAAAAAAAAAACUUUAAAAAAUGACAAGUAAUAGAGCUGGCAAAUGUGAAUAUUAUCUUCUCCUUUAAUAUGGAGUGUUUUUGCAUCAGUAAGGAAAUUUCCUAGAGGUUUUCUACUGCUUCACAUAAGUUAGCACCUUCUUAUAUCUAAAAAUGGGAAGGAGUUCAGUGAUGAUUACCUUUUUAAAAUGGAAUCAUAUGAUUGCUAGAAAAUAUUUAUGUGAACCUUAGGUGUAACUCUAGUCAAGUACACAACACUGAAAACAAUCUGGAAAAGAGAUGUGGAUCAAAAUAGAUUAUGAGCCAGAUAUAUCUUGGGGAAGGGAAAAGAUCCAUCAUUUAUAAUAUGUAGCCUAUCCCAAGGGAGAGGAAAGACUGUUUCAUACUUGUUUAUAUUGCAAGCCUUCUCUUCCUCUGACAAAUAAAUUAAAUAGAAGCAAUCAGAAAAGAGGCAUCAAGUGACACAGUGGCAUGUGGGCUGGAGCUAGGGUUGGAGUCAGCGACGGGUUACCCAGUAAACAAGAUAAGCACGUGCUUAGGACAUCAACAGAACAGGGGCACCAAUUGUCCAAAGCAAAGACCCAUAGGUGCCAAACAGACAGGACACAAGGAAAAGCGAGUGCACAGCAAUGAUUCAAGAAAGACUCAAUUCAUUAUCCUUAUUACGUAUGGAAGUAGAUAUUGUUCAACAGCUUAAUUGUGAUGAAAUCAUUGAAGAAUUUGUAAGAGCAAAGCAUAGAAAUGUUUUUAGUUAUAUAACAUGGUAGAGAUGAAAGGUUAUCUAAAAAUAAAAUAUAAUGAUUUGUUGUAAUAUUUGUUUUCUGACCAUUAAAUUCUUUUAUGACGUCUUUUCAUUUGUUCAUUUAUAAUUAUAGCAUUUAUUAUGAAACUAGCAUCAAAAUCGAAGUAUGAGCCAUUCAAAACAAAAUUGGAAAAAGUAGACUUGGUCCCUUCCUGUCCUGUACCGUAUCGUCAAGCCUAAACAAAGCUUUCCAGUUCUCUGCAUCAGUUACCACUUCAUUGCCUCGGGGAAAACCUCCAGCAGCUCACUUAACCUACAUUACACUGGGGGAGCUUCUGUUUCCCGUCCCACUCUUUUCCUGCUCAUCUGCUAAUGCGGUAACUUGGAAGACAACUGUUGCCAGGAUAACCUGUAAUGGGCAAGGAGCCACAGAGAAGAAAACACUUCUUUUAAUUUUUAAACUUUGGUUUGGAAGACCAGCAUGUUUUGGAAGUUUGAUCUUCACUCAUCAUCCCACAUAGACACACUUCUAGAAAGAGAAGAUGUAACACUGAAGGAGUUAAUGGAUGAGGAAGAUGUUUUACAGGAAUGUAAAGCUCAGAACCGCAAACUUAUAGAGUUUCUGUUAAAAGCAGAAUGUCUCGAAGAUUUAGUCUCAUUCAUUAUAGAAGAACCACCUCAAGACAUGGAUGAAAAGAUCAGAUACAAGUACCCAAAUAUAUCUUGUGAGUUGCUCACUUCCGAUGUCUCCCAGAUGAAUGAUAGACUGGGAGAAGAUGAAUCCUUGCUAAUGAAAUUAUAUAGCUUCCUCCUAAACGAGUCCCCCUUGAACCCACUGCUUGCCAGUUUCUUCAGCAAGGUGCUAAGUAUUCUUAUCAGCAGAAAACCAGAACAGAUUGUGGAUUUCCUAAAGAAGAAACGCGACUUUGUAGACCUUAUCAUAAAGCACAUAGGAACCUCUGCGAUCAUGGACUUGCUGCUCAGGCUCCUGACAUGUAUCGAGCCUCCACAGCCCAGGCAAGAUGUGUUGAAUUGGUUAAAUGAGGAGAAAAUCAUCCAGAGGCUUGUGGAAAUAGUUCAUCCAUCGCAAGAAGAAGAUCGACAUUCAAAUGCAUCCCAGUCACUUUGUGAAAUUAUUCGCCUGAGCAGAGACCAGAUGUUACAAAUUCAGAACAGUGCAGAACCAGAUCCCCUGCUUGCCACUCUAGAAAAGCAAGAAAUUAUAGAGCAGCUUCUAUCAAAUAUUUUCCACAAGGAGAAAAAUGAAUCAGCCAUAGUCAGUGCAAUCCAAAUACUGCUGACUUUGCUUGAAACUCGACGACCAACAUUUGAAGGCCACAUAGAGAUCUGCCCACCAGGCAUGAGUCAUUCAGCUUGUUUGGUCAAUAAGAGUGUUCUAGAAGCCAUCAGAGGAAGACUUCGAUCUUUUCAUGAACUCCUGCUUGAGCCACCCAAGAAAAGUGUGAUGAAGACCACAUGGGGCGUAUUGGAUCCUCCUGUGGGGAACACCCGACUGAACGUGAUUAGGUUGAUCUCCAGUCUGCUGCAGACAAAUACCAGCAGCAUCAAUGGGGACCUUAUUGAGCUGAAUAGCAUUGGAGUCAUACUGGACAUGUUCUUCAAGUACACGUGGAAUAACUUCUUGCACACACAGGUGGAGAUUUGUGUAGCACUGAUUCUUGCAAGUCCUUUUGAAAACACAGAAAAUGGCACACUUACUGAUCGAGACACGACGGGUGACAAUUUGUUACUGAAACACCUUUUUCAAAAAUGUCAGUUAAUAGAACGAAUACUUGAAGCCUGGGAGAUGAAUGAGAAGAAACAGGCGGAGGGAGGACGGCGGCACGGGUACAUGGGCCACUUGACGAGGAUAGCCAACUGCGUCGUGCACAGCACUGACAAGGGCCCCAACAGCACCUCAGUGCAGCAGCUCAUCAAAGAUCUUCCAGAUGAAGUCAGGGAGCGAUGGGAGACAUUCUGCACAAGCUCCUUGGGAGAAACUAACAAGAGGAACACGGUAGAUCUAGUCACAACCUGCCAUAUUCAUUCAUCCAGUGAUGAUGAAAUUGACUUUAAAGAAACGGGUUUCUCACAGGAUUCUUCUUUGCAGCAAGCCUUUUCUGAUUAUCAGAUGCAACAAAUGACGUCCAAUUUUAUUGACCAGUUUGGCUUCAACGAUGAGAAGUUUGCAGAUCAAGAUGACAUUGGCAAUGUUUCUUUUGAUCGAGUAUCAGACAUCAACUUCACUCUGAAUACAAACGAAAGUGGAAAUAUUGCCUUGUUUGAAGCAUGUUGUAAGGAAAGAAUACAGCAGUUUGAUGACGGUGGCUCGGACGAGGAAGAUAUCUGGGAGGAAAAGCACAUUGCGUUUACCCCGGAAUCCCAGAGACGGUCCAGCUCAGGGAGUACAGACAGUGAGGAAAGUACAGACUCUGAAGAAGAAGACGGAGCAAAACAAGACUUGUUUGAAUCUCGUGGCGCCAAUGCGGAGGAUAAAAUGGAGGUAGACUUGAAUGAACCCCCUAGCUGGUCAGCCAACUUUGACGUCCCCAUGGAGACAACCCACGGUGCUCCGUUAGACUCGGUGGGCGCUGACGUCUGGAGCACGGAGGAGCUGAUGCCAACGAAGGAGACGGGCUGGGCUUCUUUUUCCGAGUUCACGUCUUCCCUGAGCACAAAAGACUCUUUACGGAGUAAUUCUCCCGUGGAGAUGGAGACCAGCACUGAGCCCCUGGACCCGCUGACCACCAGUGUGACUGCCCUCACAGCACAAGCGGAAGUGCCGGGCAGUGUGGCCAUGGAGGCCAGCUCUGACGGGGAGGAAGAUGCCGAGAGCACAGACAAGGUAACUGAGACAGUGAUGAAUGGCGGCAUGAAGGAAACACUCAGCCUCACUGUAGAUGCCAAGACAGAAACUGCAGUCUUCAAAAGCGAGGACGGAAAACUGUCUACCUCUCAAGAUGCUGCUUGUAAAUAUGUGGUGGAGGAGAGCCCCGAGAUGGCGGAGGUGAAGUCCGCGGCCCCCCAGCUCCCCAGCAGUAGCCCAGAGCAGAGGACUGACCAGCCAAGCGUGCCAGGCGACACGUCGGUCAAUGGCCCUGUAUGAUGAGUGAUGGCUGCUGCUGCUGACUGAGGACCGCAGACCGCUACCACCCAGGGGCUUCCGGAGGGUUCCACGGAGCCCGCUGAGCCAGUCACUGCUGCACUCACUCUGCAAGGGAUCAGGACCAGCAACCUUUCUACUCUAGAUUCUAAGACAUUGUACAGAGACAUUCAGACGUGUACAAAGAUUGCACAUUGACAAAUACCAAGAAUUUUUGCGUAUGUUUAUAUUGUAUUGUUCUAAAUCAUGGGUGGCCUGUGAAAUAAGAUCUUGCCGUCCAUGUAAUAAUAGUAGUAAUACUAUAGUUCAAAUGGCUGUAAGAAUAGUUUUAUAAAAGUGAUACACGGAUCUGUCGUAUGUGGACGUAACUAUCGGCAGUUACUGGUGUGACCAAAGUCUCGGGCAGUUUUCACACCGCCACCUGGUGCGCCACCCGGAGCCCGCUCUCCCUUGAGCGACAAGGAGUCACAGGGUUGAAAUGUCCUCCGAGUGUUCAUUUGGUUGUUCUGGCUCACAAAACGAUUUGGAUAAGAAAUCUUUGGUGUUCUUUUUAUAACCAGUUUUCAAUUGGUAACUGUUUAUUGUUUAAAAUGGAUCAAAAAUGUUAAGUCUCUUGGUAGAGAUUAAGUAUUUAUUGCUACAACUUAGUUGAUAAAUUGAUGUUCUUGUGAAGCCAUAUGUUCUGUUAAAGUCUUGUUUGCUUGAAAUGAUAAUCCCUACAGGUGAAACACUAGCAUAUUGGGAGUGUGUGUGGCUUGUGGUUUGGGUUUUUUGGUUUUGGUUUUUUGUUUGGGUAGUUCAUCUGCCUUUUUAACCCAUUCACCAAAAUUCCCCUUGUUAAGAAGCAUCACCAACGAACAUUUCAGAGCAAUCUGCACAUGUUGCAGACCUAAAUUAUAUCAGGCAAGUCCAUGGAAAAUGCUCGUGCUGCUAACGGAAGCUGAGUGCGUCCAUCCGGCAGGCUCAUGUUCUAAGGUGGAAACCAGCAUCUGGCGCCUCCACACGUCCUUUGUUGUCCCGUGUGUACCGUGCGAGGUCCCCACUCAUAAACUCGAAACCAGUGUAUUUUUUUUUAGAGCUGGUUUGUGUAUAUAUAUAGUGAUUAUGGAUACUAAUUCAAUGUAAUUUAUAAUUUUCUAUGUCAAUAUAAGAGUACAUCACAGCCUUCUCAAACAGCUGAAGCAAUAUACUGUAUAUUGCCAUAUCGUCUGGUGAAAGGGUUAAAUUACUUCACCUCUUGGCACUUUUAGAUGCAAAUCAGUUUCUCAUUUCUGUAAUAGAAAAUUAGUCACGUAUUUUUACAUCGUUCGCUUUUCCUGACCAGUAUUUAAAACCAAAAGGAUAUUCUGAAAAAUGGCCAACAAUUUUUUUUAGAAAUAGCAUCCCAAGCAGCGUGCCUCAACAUUACAUUGCAUACGGAAAUAAACAAAUCAAACAUCUAAUGCCUUAUUUCUUAUUUACUUUUUCCAUUUUAAAUGGUGUAGAAACUCUUCCGUGAGGUUUCCCAGGCCAGCCUAGCACUCCGAGGACAGUGGAAUCAGCAGUAGCCCCUGGGACAAAUGGCAGGGGUGGCUCACUUGACAUUUGCAUGCCUCCUCAGGAACCCUCUUGCUGCCCUGUGCUCCUCUCAGAAGAGACUUCUCGUGUGUUCGCAUGUGAACCUGGCUCGGCCGGAGAGCGGGUCCGUGUCAGUCGUCUCAGGACGCCUGGCUGCGUGGCCAGGACCACGGGGACCGCCACUGGAUAACGCACCUGUCCCACCUGGUAGAGAGCUUUGCAGGCCGAGGCCAAGGCUGGGCGGCAGUGGCGGUCCCGGCUGCUGCCGCAGUUUGGAUUUGGUUGGUUUUCCCAUUCCACCCAAGGUAACGGUGUCUUACUUCAUCCGACCUGCUGCUGGUUAACGGGCAUUGGGGUUUUUUAUUUGGGGUUGUAUUUUGUUUUGCUUUCUUAUAUGGCAGGAAAAGUCCAUGAGCAAGGGUAGAAAGUCCUUGAGGAUUGGAAGGUGGCAGCCCACGGGCCAGGAGCAAGGAUGCUCACGUAGUAGCUACUUUAAUUUCUGUGUAUCGGCCAUACUGAACUGCGAGACUAACAGAUGUCUAUGAUACCUGUAUUAAAAGUAACAUCAACGAAAAUAAAGCCUGACUUUUGUUUCUAGUACCCUUUUCUCCUGUCCUUGCUUGGGCUUUACUCAGCAGACGGGU